AUGGCUCGUGACACUGAGAUUCUGGGCCUCAAGCCUGACUAUACAAAGAAUUAUGAGGAGGUGCUUAUUGAAACUGCCUGGAGACUGAUGGACCGUGGAAACCCCGUCCUCGAUGUCGCCCGUGGGAUGAGACAAACGCCUCUUGCUCCAGACUUGCCCUCAUGGGUCCCAGACUGGUCGCUUAGGCCGGUAUCAACGCUAAAUCCAACGGUCAUCCCUAACGAAGACGCCAGAUUCUCGGCUGGUGGAGAGGCUGAGUCUGCUGUGAAGCCUAUCCUAGGACCUAUAAUUAAGACUACGGACGUGACUAGCCGUACAUGUCCACAUUCCGGCAAAAUCAUUGCGCAGGUCACGAGAGUUGGGGAGAUAGCUAGCUUCAAUGCACCCCGUGAGACUCCGGACAACCUUCACAAAGCGCAGAGAUUCCUUCACAGCCUCAGAAGCUUCACAAACUCUCCUGGGAACUCAUCACGGCAAUGGGCUACUGACGACAGGUACCCGGGUGAUGCUAUAUGGAAGGUACCCAUUGCACACCGCCGCGUAUCCAAGUCCCAUGACUUCCGAAUCACACAGGACCUCGGAGAAGACGUACAGCUUCGUGACGAUUUCGGUAUUCUCAUCGGCGACACCAGUCCACCACAGGAGAACAUGUUCGAGAGCAUGGACGCAUGGACCCUACGAAGCGCGAAAGUCUACCUUGACCGUGUGUGCAGGUACGCAGACGAGAAACGGCCCUUGCUAGCUUAUCACGACGGUAUGGGAUAUCUUGGCAUGGGACCGAGUGAAAUGGCUGUCAACGACGUCGUUUGUAUCAUCCAACAUGCUCGCGUGCCAUAUGUCUUGAGGCCGACGGACGGCGGGGCGUACCUUGUUGUCGGCGAGGCUUAUGUGCAUGGUUUGAUGUACGGUGAGGGGUUGGCACUGGGCGACUUUAUCAAGAUCAUACUUCUGUGA